AUGCUAACAUCCAGUCGCGGCUCAUCAUACUACAAUAAGUACACAUACCAGAUGUCGCCUGCCAUGCUGCGCGCCAGACAGCCAUACUUCUGGAAAAACCUGGCUCUGUUCGGCGUGCUUGCUGGCAUCUCUGGCGGAGUCUACCUAUACACAUACUCGUUCCUGAUGAAGGACGACUUUGAAGAUAUUCCUAUUCCACCAAUCAGUGACGAGCAACUUGCAGAGCUGAAAAAGGAGUAUGAGGCCACCCACAACAAAUAG